AUGAGCAGCUGGAGGAAUCUGCUUUUGCGUAUUGGCGAGAAGUCCCCUGAAUACGGCGGCAACAUCGAUUUCAAAGAUCACAUUGAGACAUGUUCCGGCAUCAUUCGGCGAGAGUUAGAGCACUCCGGGGACGAUGUAUUGUCUAGGACUCUUACUGAUUUUGAAUGCUUAAUUUUUACAUCCUCGCAGUUCCUCCUCCAAUGUGCUGAACAAUUGCCUCACAAGAUUCCUCUGUAUGGGACGGUGGUUGGUUUGCUGAACUUGGAAAAUGAAGAGUUUGUCAGGACAGUAGUGGAGAACACUCAAACUAAUUUUCAGGAUGCUCUAAAUUAUGGAAAUUGCAACCGGAUUCGUAUACUGAUGCGAUUUCUGACUGCUUUGAUGUGCAGCAAAGUUCUCCCACCAAGUUCUUUGGUGGAUGUCUUUGAUACAUUUAUAUCAUCGGCUGCAACAACAGUGGAUGAGGAGAAAGGAAACCCCUCUUGGCAAGCAUGUGCUGACUUUUACAUAACUUGUAUUUUAUCCUGCCUUCCUUGGGGAGGAGCAGAACUUGUUGAGCAAGUUCCUGAGGAGGUUGAAAGGGUUAUGGUUGGAAUAGAAUCUUAUUUAAGAAUAAGGAAACGUGUUUCUGACAUUGGUUUCUCUGUGUUUGAGGAUAUUGAUGAAACUGAUGAAGCUCAUGCUGAAAAGGAUUUUAUGGAAGAUUUAUGGAGUCGGAUCCAGAAUCUUUCCAACAAUGGAUGGAAACUUGAAAGUGUUCCCAGACCCCACCUUUCAUUUGAGGCGCAGCUGGUUGCUGGAAAGUCUCAUGAUUUUGGUCCCAUCAGCUGUCCUGAGCAACCAGGUCAGCCUGCAGCACUUUCUGGGAUCACCUAUGGUAGACAAAAGCAUGAUGCCGAGUUGAUAUAUCCUCAGAGGAUACACAGGCUUAAUAUAUUUCCUGCAAAUAAAACUGAGGAUCUACAACCUAUAGAUCGCUUUGUUGUGGAAGAGUAUUUGUUGGAUGUGCUUUUGUUCUUGAAUGGCUGUCGAAAGGAAUGCACUUCCUACAUGGUUGGCCUACCUGUGCCUUUCCGAUAUGACUAUCUUAUGGCAGAGACAAUAUUCUCUCAGUUAACAUUUCUGUGGUACGAAAACAAAUGA